AUGGUGAGGACGCUGCUGCUGGGACUACUGGUUGCUACGAUUUGCGGCAUCGCUGUGGGCUCGCCGGCGGCCGGUUCUGUGCCGGAAGGGCAGCCCUUCCGGCCGGAUCCGGGCCAGGAGCGCCAGGAGGAGGAGGACGAUCCGGGAGCGCGCAGCGAGAGGAGCACGAAUCUGACGGGCAUUGAAGCACCAAAUGCCACGAUGAUCACGCCUGCUGGACUGCCGACCUAUACCACCGUGUUCAACACGCGGCCCUACUUCGCUUCAUUCAAGACGAAUUCACUUCCCAUGGAUUGUUCUUAUUCCUAA